CUUCUGUGUCUUAUAAAGGCAGCUACCCCAAGGCAUGCAGCACAGACUUGGAAGAAACUCCAGAGCCUCCUCCAAGAUGCUGGUUGUCCUAUGCACAGUGGCCUUGCUGGCCCUGAGCUCUACUCAGCGCUUCAGUGAAGGAUUCCCCCAAGGACCCCCUCCCAAGCAAGGUUUUGGUUCUCAUCAAGGCCCACCCCAGCAAGGUCAGCAACAGAACCGGCCUCCUCAGCCAGGAAACCAUCAAGGCCCACCCCAGCAGGGAGGCCCACAGCAGAACCAAGGCCCUCAGCCUGGAAACCAGCAAGGCCCACCCCAACAGGGAGGCCCACAGCAGAACCAAGGCCCUCAGCGUGGAAACCAGCAAGGUCCAGCCCAACAGGGAGGACCACAGCAGAACCAAGGCCCACAGCCUGGAAACCAGCAAGGUCCAGCCCAACAAGGAGGCCCACAGCAGAACCAAGGCCCUCAGCCUGGAAACCAGCAAGGUCCAGCCCAACAAGGGGGCCCACAGCAGAACCAAGGCCCUCAGCCUGGAAACCAGCAAGGCCCACCCCAUCAAGGAAGACCACAGCAGAACCAAGGCCCUCAGCCUGGAAACCAGCAAGGUCCAGCCCAACAGGGAGGCAGACCUCAAGGACCUUCCCAGGGCCAGCGUCCUCAGUAAUCAAAGAUACAUUGUCAGAAAAUGAAUGGUAAGAUAAUGGCCUUGCUGGACAGUGCAACUGGAAUAACAUGGCCAUAAUUUAUCUUCAUAAUACCAAUAAAAUCAC